AACGUGCUUCAUAUUACUGUAUAGAAAAGAUUCAGUAAGUACAUAUUCAACAUCAUGGAGAACAAAAGAAUGAGACGGAGUUAUGACACGACUUCAGUGGUUAGGAAAGGUGCAUGGACUGCCGAAGAAGAUAUGCUUCUCAAGAAUUGUAUCGACAAAUUUGGCGAAGGAAAAUGGCACCUUGUACCUCUCAGAGCAGGCUUAAACCGAUGCAGAAAAAGUUGUAGGCUACGAUGGUUAAAUUAUCUAAGACCAAAUAUAAAAAGAGGAGAUUUCGCUGAAGAUGAAGUUGACCUCAUGCUUAGGCUUCACAAGCUACUAGGGAAUAGAUGGUCAUUGAUUGCCGGAAGAAUACCAGGAAGAACUGCAAAUGACGUGAAAAACUACUGGAACACGCAUCUUAAAUCUCGCUGCAAACAACAAAAAGAGCAACUUAAAGAGGGUGAACAAUCACCACCUACCAUGGUCACGAUUAUUAAGCCUCAACCAUGUACCAUUUCCAAAGCUUUAAAUUUGCGCCCACACAUUACAUCACAUGACCCCCAUAACUUGAUAACAUCAUCAAAUAUUGACAGUGUCGACAAUGUCUUUAAUAUCUCCAAAGACAUAGUCUCGUCACCCAAGUUAUCUAUUGACAAUAUUGACGAGUAUCUGGACGCGUUACUGGAGGACCGAGUGAAGGAAAUCGGUCAUGAAGUUGGGUGGUCUUUUGGUGGCCGUUCAGCGGAGGGGGGUGGUUUAGAUGUUCUCGAGCAAGUAGAUGACCAAAACAGCUUAUUUGAUUUUCCCAUAGACGAUGUGGUCAUGUUGGAUCUUCUUGAUUGAAAAUAAUUAUGAUUCUUACCUCUAGUCUUUUUAGUGGAAUAAAUAUAUAAAUAAAGGUUGCUAUCUAGGGCUGCAAACGAACCAAACGUUCGGCGAACAGUUCGUGAACCGUUCGGCGGGAAAUUUGUUUGUGUUCGUUCGUGUAUUAAACAAACGAACAUGGACAAAAAAUUUCAUUCGUUUAGUUAAAUGAACAAACAUGAACAGAGGUCUUGUUCGUUCGUUUAUGUUCGUGAACGUUCGGUAACGUGUUCGAUAGUUCAUUAGUGUUUUUAGUUUUUAUAUGUAUUUAAAUACUUCAAAAUUACGAUAGUUAAAUAUCUAAUAA